AUGCCCGACAUCCUAGAAGACCGCCUGCGAAUGCCACGCUCAAAUAUCCAGUUCCUCACCUCAAUUAUUCUUUCCAUGAACGCAAUUCUCACGAUACUUAUUGCUCCCUUUACAGGGUACCUCUCUGAUAAAGUGGCACGGAAAAAUAAUCUCAUGCUCUGGUCUUAUGCAGUGAACACGCUGGGGACAAUAUUUACAGCGGCGUCUAGCACACUGGCCGGAUUCAUUAUCGGACGUUUGAUACAAACCGUUGGGGGUUCGUUAAUAUAUAUCGCUGGAAUGGCUAUGCUGGGCGGCGCUGUUGGCCCAGAGCAUCUAUCCAAAGCAAUGGGCAUAUGCGUCCUCCUCAUAUCUGGCGGCUUUCUCUCCGCUCCUGCGUUGUCGGCCACUCUCUGGGAGUUUUCUACCUACGCAGUGACCUGGCUAUCUGCCUUUGCAGUGCUGCUUGUCGGGGUUCUCCUCCAGGCCCUUGUCAUCGAACCGUAUCUCCUCCCGCGUGAAUCCGGUCAGAAUGGACGAGACAGUGAACAUUCUUUUGACUUCGCCGGGAUCAGAGAAGAAAGCGAAUCUGACUCUCAGAGCUCGUGUCGUCGGGAAGCGGAGACGGAAUGUCUGAUUGCGGGCUCAACCAGCCACGGGCGAGGCCUGGAAGCUGGAGCAACUGGUUACUAUACCUUUUCGGACCCUCAUAAGCUUCAUCUGCCCACAUCCACAACCAUAUAUCGUAGAAUGCUCCGCAAGAAACGUGUCGUCACAGCCCUCGUAGCCGAGACGCUGCUGGCGGCGCUAAUCGCCAGUUUCGAAGCUACCAUUCCUCUGCACAUCAGAGACGCCUUCCAGUGGAGUAGUCUUGAAGCUGGAAUCCUUUUCCUGAUUCUGCAGGCCCCGACAUUGAUCCUCGUCAUUCCGAUUGGCUGGCUCAAGGAUCGCAUUGGCAUGCGGCUUCCUGUGUCAUUGGGGUUUUUGGUCAUGGCUCCUUCACUCUGGUUACUAGGGGUUCCGGGAGCGAAGCAGUUCCAGUGGGCGGCUGGAAAGACCGGUGAAGUCCUCUACGUAGUCAUGCUGGUAGCAAUUGGGGUUGCGAGAACGCUGGUGCUUGGGUUUGGGGGUGUUGAGGUGUUGAGAGGUGCGAACGAGGUUGCGACCGAGUUUCCCGGCUUUGCUGAGGGGGGUAUCUCUCUCUACUCCCGUGCGUUCGUUCUGUCGAAUAUUACCUGGAAAUUCGGCAUGUUUCUAGGGCCCUUGGUUUCCGGGGCAUUGACCAAAUCAGUUGGCUAUUAUGCGAUGAACUUGGUUCUUGGUAAGCAACAUUACGCCCAGACAUUAGGGGAAAUGCGCUAA